AUGAUAUUCUCAUCAUGCUUUGCCCUUAGACAAAUUGUAUUUUCGAAAUACAAUAAUUAUGUGACGCUUAUAAACAAGGGACAUAAGAUUUUUGACAACUUGCCUAAGUUCGUUGGUGCUAGAAGCACGAGCGACGCCGCCGGCCUACCACUACCACCUUCGGCUACGUUUUUACAAAACGAUGAUAAUGCUAAAGUUGUGUUAUUAGGUACCGUGCAUUUUAGUAAAAAGUCUGUGGAGGACGUUUCUGAGAUUGUGAAAGUUCUCAAACCAAAUGCGAUUCUAAUAGAGUUAUGUCGUCAAAGAGUAUCCCUCUUAGAAUUGGAUGACCGAAAGUUUUUAGAAGAUGCUAAAAAUUUAAAUGCACAGAAAAUAAAAGACGCUGUUAAAGGGCAGAGCUUCAUGUCCGGGAUGCUUCACGCCAUGUUAUUAAAAACCUACGCUGAUAUAGCCAAAGAACUGGGGGUAGCUCCAGGAGGAGAAUUCCGUAGGGCAUAUCAUGAGAUGAAGAAAAUCCCAGGAUGCAAAUUAUUCCUUGGCGAUCGGCCGAUACGCAUAACUAUAGCUCGGGCGUUCCAAUCCUUGACUGUUUUAGAGCUAGGACAAGUUCUCUACCAUCUGACCACAUCAAAUCCAAAGCCUUUAGACAAAGAACAGUUAGAGAGAUAUAAAGAUAAAGACUACGUACACGCUCAGUUUGAUGAAAUAACAAGGCAAGUGCCCGCGUUCAAAAAAGUAUUUCAUGUGUUUGUCGACGAACGAGAUCGAUGCCUGGCGUUUUCUUUGCAAGAAUGUGUUCGUAGUGUUGAUAAACCUCGAGUUUUAGGAGUUGUGGGUAUGGGACAUGUUGACGGUAUAAUGAAAUAUUACGGUCAGAUGAAACAAGAAGAUAUUGUACCCCUACUAUUCAACUAA